AUGCCAAGACGACCUCUCAUGAUGCUCUGUGAACAUCGACCUGAAGGCUUCGUGAGUCUGCCCUUUGAAUACACUAUCAUCUCCGUUGAACACUCUUCAGUAAGCGCCUUAUGGCUGCAGCGUACUGACCAGAACUCCACCCUACAGGGCCCAAAGUCAGCUCUCUCCAGCCAUCUGCCAACAACAUGUUUCGCCGAUGUCGUCGUCGUCCCACUGGCGACCUGGACUUACCUCGUCGUCCUGUUGAUUGUUCUUCCACUAUGUUUGCGCUCACUGCGGACUUCAGCCUCGGCUUCAACCCUGUCAUCGCACACGGCUGAAGCGUCCACAACAGGAGACAAAGUCGCCGUGUCAACAUCAGCAUCGACACCCAUGCCAGUGACCAAGUCAACCACCGUGGCCAUCAAGAUCGCCAGCAUCAUCUACUACAUACUCAUAGUUGCCAUGCUGGCCAUGGUAUCACUUGAGAUCGCCCGUCUCAUUGUGGCCCAGCUCGGCAUCGGUCUCCUCCCCUUCACUUAUGUUGGCAUACUCGCCGCCCUGGCCCUCCACGUCGCUGCUGCGUCGACGACUACAACAUCCAGGCUUGGCGGGCUGCGUGUCUACAGUGGUGACGCGCGAUGGAGGUGGACGGUCAAGGGCGUCAACAUUUUGUACUGGGUCAUGUUGAUGUGCGUGAUGGCAAUCAAGGUUGCCAGUCAGGCCCAGGAGCAGAAUGCACUGGGGAUACGGACGGGUCAGCAGGCGCAAUAUCCCAUUUCGGAUUCCAUCACGGACAAUGCGACUAUGGUGGGGGUGGAGAUGGUGCUGUUGAUCUUGGAGUUGUUGACUAUCUAG